AUGGCCCAACAAACUGUCAGCAUAAAACUCGCUUUGCCGCCAAAGCCCGGCUUUCCUGGCCGACCUAGCGUUGUUCAGGUUCUCCAGGCUAGGCCAGGUCCUUGCGGUCAGACAAUAAUUCAACAGCGCUCCCCUGGCUUCAAGCAGAUCACAGCAAUCCGGCCUUUCCCCCAGACGGCAGCCCUACCAAUUAACACUAAUACUGCCGUUCAGUAUCAGAGAAAACCAGCUGAAAUGACAAUCAUCAACCCGGCCGCUCCAUUCGUUUCUGCUGCUCCAACUGUUGCCUUCGGUGCAUUUGCGAGCCAACCAAUUAGUUUGGCCCCUGGAGGUUUACAAACCUUGCUUGGUACAGGCCCUCCUGGAUCAAGCACACUAGCUAGCUCCCGCAAGCCCUGUAAUUGCACUAAGUCCCACUGUUUGAAGCUUUAUUGUGAGUGCUUCGCACAAGGUCAGCUAUGCCAGAAUUGUAAUUGUAACAAUUGUAUGAAUAAUCUGGCCUACGAAGAAGAACGGGGUAGAGCGAUAAAGAUGACUCUCGAGCGGAACCCAACUGCAUUUCAUCCCAAGAUUGGUCGAGGCGAAGGCGAAAGGAAGCAUACUAAAGGAUGUAACUGCAAACGUUCGGGUUGCCUGAAAAACUAUUGUGAAUGCUAUGAAGCUAAAAUAAGUUGUUCCGAUCUUUGCCGUUGUCAGGGGUGCAGAAACACUGAAGAUAGUAUAGAACGUCGUUCUCUCAUGCGUUUAGCU